UUUUUUUGAUCAACAACGACUCUCUAACCUAUUUUACGGUUUUACCUAUUAAAAAUCCUCGAGUCAGGUUUCAUUCUUCCAUAGAAGAUCAGAUAGAAUCGAUAGUUGCUUGAAGGUAAAGAAUCAAGAUCCACGAACCUCGUCUUCGCAGCAAUUGAGGAUGGUCGGAGGCAAUAACGCCAAGUCAACGCCGCAAAAGCCUCCACCAACAACGUCCUCCGCUCCCACCUCCGCCGCCGCCGCCCCUUCUUCUUCCCAUCACCGUAAAUCUCGUUGGGGUUCAAACAACAACGAUGGUGGUGGAAGCAGUAAGACCAAGCCGAAAAUCCCCGAUAAGAAACUCACGAAUCCUCCUCCGAACCCUAGCCAAUCCCGUCCCAAUCCAACACCUUCCUCUUCAUCAUCGCGUCCCGCUUUACCCGCGCCCGCUCAAUUCGCUUUCCCAGAUCCGUCGUCGGCGGCGGCGCUCGGCGCACCUCCCGCGCCGACUUACGGGUUCCAUAUGCUCGAGCGUCGCACCAUCGUCCUCGUUGACGGGAGCGUCCGAUCGUACUUCGCGCUUCCUCCUAAUUACCGUGAUUUCCCUCCCAAACCACCCCGUCUCCCCGAUCCGGCUGCUAAUAAUAGAUUCAUCGGAUCCGAGUUCGGUAGAUUCCCUCCUGAGUUCAGAGAUCAGAGGCAGUGGGAUCGUCCCGAAGGCUCGAUGAAACGGAAACAUCCAGGGGAAGAGGAGAUUGAUAGAGAUGAAUUGCUGAGACAAAGACAGCAGUUUAUGCGGUUUGCUGCGAAUCCUAAUGAUCAGUCAUCGUUUAUGGCGGCUGGUACGAGUAGAGAAGAUGCUAGAGCGGCUAAGCAUAUGCGGGUGGUAGGAUCUAGCAGGGAUGAGAAUGGAGGUCAGGUCGAUCAGGUUGCGUUCAAGAAAGCGUUUCUUGAUUUGGUUAAGCGGAUUUACGAGGACCCCUUGGAGAAGAAGAGCUACUUGGAGAACGGCAGGAAAGGGCGGCUUCAGUGUCUCGUCUGUGGCAGGUCUCCUAAAGACGUCCAGGAUACACAUGGUUUGGUAAUGCACACAUACUAUUGCGAUGAUGCUAGCUCACGUGUGCAUCACUUAGGCCUACACAAAGCUUUAUGUGUAUUGAUGGGAUGGAAUUUCUCAAAGCCCCCUGAUAAUUCGAAGGCAUACCAGAAUCUACCUGCGGAAAUGGUAGCAAUCAAUCAAGACGAGCUGAUUCUAUGGCCACCUCAUAUUAUUGUUCACAAUACUAGUACAGGGAAGGGUAAAGAUGGGCGUAUGGAAGGUCUUGGAAGCAAAAGAAUGGAUGACAGAAUUAGAGAGCUAAAAUUCAACGUUUGGAAAUCAAGGGCACUGUAUGGAAGAGACGGUCAUUUGGGAAUCACCCUCUUUAAGUUUGCGGGAGAUGAUUCAGGGCUCAGGGAAGCUUUGAGAGUGGCUGAAUACUUUGAGAAGACGAACCGUGGGCGUAAAAGUUGGGCCGGGUUACAGCCAUUUACUCCAAGCAAUGAUGAUGAGAAAAACCCUAGUCUUAUGGAAGUUGAUGGUAAGACAGGUGAGAAAAGGAGGGUCCUUUAUGGUUAUCUGGCGACCGUAAAAGACUUGGACAAAGUCGAUAUGGAGACAAAGAAGAAGACCACAAUCGAGAGCCUAAGAGAACUCGCAGGAUCAAAGUGAAUUUACAGGUCUCCUCCAGAAGGUACACUUUAAUUUCAGGGUAUUUAUUACCUACUGAAUCUGUAUGUUAGUCAUAAGCGAAGUUUUAGUUUGUUUUUUUUAAUUAUCAUUUGAAUAAAUUUCUUGGUUCUCUUGAUCCUUUGAUUCAGUGAUCACAUUGCAUAUAGACUAAUAUGGGUGUGGGAUGAUAUACUAUACGAGCUUCUGUUUAACAACAGUAAAUUGUGAUUGAUGCUUUUGAGUUUUGAUGUAGCUGUUCAUUUUUAUUUUA